AUAUAGAUGUUCAAUAAGUGAUAAUAUUGAUUUGAUAUAUGUUAUUAGCUAAGAAAUGCAAGCCUUCUGCAAGAAAAAAACAUGUAAAUGAAUUAGUAUAUAUUAGUAUAUAAAUAUUUACUAAAUGCAGUACAUCUUUCUGUUAACUCUUCUGAACAGUGAAACCUAAAGUCAGGCUCUUCCAGACAAAUUUUUCUUCUGGGUCUCGGGUGAUGUGUCUGGCAACAGGAUUUUACCCUCGACACAUCAAUCUGACCCUGUUCAGAGAUGGACAGCCUGUAUCUGAGAUUACUGGAGGAGAUCUACUGUUUAAUGAUGGGACGUACCAGAUGAGGAAAAUUCUGGAGAUCAGUGAAGAAGAAAAGAAAGAGAAACACAAAUACACAUGCACUGUCACACAUCUCAGUCUGGACAACAAAUCUUUGGAGUUUGAUCACGGGACACCACUAAAGCCAGUGCUCUCCUUAGUCCUAACAGUUUUGGCAUUGGUCAUUGUGACUGUGGCUGCAGUUAUUAUAUGGAGAAAGAGACAUUCAGCUUCUCCUAAAAGUGAAUAUUCCUCUGCAUCUAGUAAGUUAUAUCCUAUAACCUUUUAAAAAUAU